GCUCUCGUGCAUCUCUCUCCCUCCCUCACCUUUCUGGGCUUUUUCUCUUCCGUGCCUUUCCGUGCCCUCCCCGUUUUUCUUUUCUCCGGGCCCAAACAAUGCAGAUGAACUCCUACGCCGCCGGCUACAACGCGAGCGCGCGUGGCUAUCCUCAGAUGGCACCGGCGCCGCGGCUGCCCCCCGGCUGGGAGAUGGCCUACACGCAGAACAACGAGUUGUACUACAUCGACCACAACACCCGCACUACGCACUGGCAGCUGCCGGCGGAGUACGCGAUGCAGCAGCCGAUGGACGGCGGCUUCCGUGGCCAGCAGCGCCAACGCCGUGGCAUCGACCGCACCAAGGCCAAGACGAAGAUGUGCAUGAACAUCGAGAACGGCGGCACGUGCUCCUACGGCGCGAACUGCGCCUUUGCACAUUCGUCCGAGGAGCUCUCGACGCACCCCCACUUCAACCCCAACGGUAUCCAGGCGAACGGCCAGGAAAAUGUCGGGGGCUUUCAACAGCGGUAA